UUUUAGUUACAGAGGUAUGUAAAUGUUUACAAAUAUGAUUAACUGCAGAGCACAAAAUCCAUUCUCAGCAUCAAAGGCAAAACUAAAAUUACUUUUUCCUGCCCCCCUCCAGGAUUAUGCUGAAAAGAAAAACACGAUAGCAAAAGCUCUGGAAGAUCUUAAAGCCAACUUCUACUGUGAACUCUGUGACAAGCAGUACUAUAAACACCAGGAGUUUGACAAUCACAUUAACUCUUAUGAUCAUGCUCACAAACAGAGACUGAAGGAACUGAAACAGAGGGAGUUUGCUCGAAAUGUAGCAUCUAAGUCACGAAAAGAUGAAAGAAAGCAGGAGAAAGCCCUUCAACGUUUGCACAAGCUAGCUGAGCUAAGGAAACAGAGAACGUGUGCUCCUGGAAGUGGCCCUAUGUUCAAAUCCACUACAGUGACUGUGCAAGAUGAUUGCAGUGAUGUCCCCAAGAGUGCUGCCACAGAUUCUGCCAAAAGCCAGGAUUUCAGCUGUACAUUAGUGCACGACAUGCAGAAUUGCAAAGACAUCGCUUCUGUUGUUCCCUCCGCUCCUGGGGAUGCGGGUGGUCCCCAAUCCGACGCUAACAAACGCGGGGAUCAGGUUCAAAGAGCUCAAGGACACAGAGUCGGGUUCUCCUUUGCUUUUCCUAAGAAAGCAGCAGUCAAACUGGAGUCUUCAGCUGCUGUUUUCUAUGAGUUUAAUGAGGAAACCUCCAUGGAGCAUGGAUUUAGCAGAAGGAGUAGGUUUGUUCCGGGAACAUGUAACCUUCAGUCUCCUUCAGCAGCAGAAAUAGUUGGGUGCCCUGAGGAGAAACACAACUGUUUUCACCCACUGGUGGAAAAAUGCACAGAAACAGCAGAAGCUCCUGAAGCUCAGGAGCCAAAAGAGCUGUCCAGUGAGGAGAGCAGGGUGCUGGAGAGCCCAGCUUUACCUCCUGCCAUGUCCCACUCAAAGCAGCCGGUGUCCUCGGGCACGGAUGGCCACGGUGGGGAUGUGAGUGCCGCCGACUCGGGGGACCAAGCUCUGUCACCCUGUCCCUCUGCAGACAGUGCUCAAGUCCUGCCCCUGGACGGCAGCAGGCACGAGCUGCAGGCUAGCAGAGCUCCUGUGCAGGAACCCGGGGAGGAUUGCUCCUCUCUGCAGGACGUUGUAGAGGAAAACUGUAACGAUGGGAACAGUGAUCCAUCCGCAACUCAAACUGAAAUAAAAAAUCUGGGGGCAGAUGCGGUAGCUCCAGCACCACCUGAAGAAGGCAGCGGAGCCCCAAAAAGCAAACCAGACGUAUACAAGAGACCCUGUCAACCUUUUGUUCCUGUUCUUAGCAAAUAUGGAUCGAAUAUUCUUCAGUGGCCAUCAGAAAUGUUAAUUUACACGAGUACAGAUCCCUCAAUUUCUUAUAGCUGUAAUCCUUUAUAUUUUGAUUUUAAGUCGUCAAGUGUAAGCGAAAGCCAAGAAAAGCGCAAGCAUCAACCAAACAUACCUCAUUUGCACCAUAAAACUGAACCUAACCAUAUCUUAGUCUCAGAUUUUACAAAAAGACCUAGUCCAGAGUGUGGUGAUUAUGAAGUAGAAGUGAAUAAAAAUGUGUGCAACUAUACAAUACCCCUGUUAAGUGAUGUUUCCCUCUUCAGAAAUUGUGACCUUGCAAAAAAUCAAAACAAAGUGUCCUUGGAUGAGUCACUCGGGAUUAGAAAAAUAGAAAAGUAUCACAUAUCUCCUAACCCCUUACGACAAAACACUGUGAUAGAUGAGAAAUACAACAAAGUCUGGAUCAAAGAAGGCCAUGAAAAAUGGCUUCACAAAAGCAGAAAAAGGAAAAGGAGAAGAAAAUUAUGUCAUUGUCAUUAUCAUCACUGUGGAGACACAACAAUAGCAGAAAUGGAGAUGUCUCCAGUAACUGAAAAAGAAGUUACUUACAGAGACGAAAAUAAAUAUCAGCACCUCCAAAAUAACGCAGAGAAGUGCAGACACGGUGCAGGGAACAGCUGGUUAACUGCAGGCGAGGUGCAGCAGGCACAGCCAAAAUUUGGCAUUGAGAAGGGACCUAAGAGAGUCAUGUCUGCAUCAGAUCACAUACACUGGGACAGAGGCUGGUGUGACCUUUGGAGUGCAAAAACCAGCGGCCAGCGCCAUGGUUGUAAAAGACCGCACAGAAAGAGCAAAGCCAGCUCCCGGAGGCAGGCGAGGCAGCUGGCUCCGAGCUCCAGGAGGCACAGCCUAAGGCACUCGAAAACCUGCUGUAGCUGGAAAGUCAGGAGGUCAAGCUGUAGCCCAGAGCAUAAAUGUUCAGGACAGUGCAGCGAGGAGAAGGGGCCGAGUCAGAACCAGCCCAUAAAGAGAGGUUACAGCCUUCUGACAGAGGAACCCGAGAAACCUCACCGCAAGAGGAGGCAGCACGCCUAUUCCUCUUCCUCGGAUGAAAGCUCAUGUGGACAGGCGUUAUCAGCAGAGCAGUGUCUAGGGCGAGGACACUCUUUAGCUACCCACCACAAGGCUAAAGGGAAGCGCAGGAGAAGGAAGACGAGAAUCCAUCAAGUUUUCCUUGACAGGAGUGCCAAAAGCGAACCCUCCGAAUCUCCCAAAGAAAAUUCCGCAAAUUCUGUGUUAAAUAUUUUGGGGGGCUUGCUGACUCGAGACGAUCUAGAGGAAGCUAACGCAGCUCCCAAAGAUGACGGUGAUGAUGCAAAAGGCAGGGAUGAAACAAUGGAGCUGGAGGAAAGCAAGUCUCCUCUAGAAACUGCUGGCCCACGGGUUCUGGAGGAUGAUAAAUCCAGGGCGUGCGCGGCGAUGGGGAGCGCGCCCACCGCGCGUCCUGGGGUCACCACGGGUUCUGCUGCUGCUGCUGCCCCCGAGCCCAGCGCCACAGCAGCUCCUGCCAAACAGGGCGCUCCCCAGGAGGGAAAGAAAAAGGAAAAUGUCGACGGUCGUGAAAAUCGAGCUCGUUACAAGGUUCCCGUCCCCAGCAGACGCUCGGAACAAGCUCCUCCUAAAUCCUAUCUUUGCCAUUACGAGCUGGCCGAGUCUCUACCCCACGAGAAGAUGGGUGAGGUGGCCGGCGAAUGGGUGCAGUGCAAUCCCGGCAUGUUUAGCAGCCCCCCGCCCUUGCCGUUCAAAGAAGCACACGUCAACGCCUUUCUAAGCACGGAGCAGCUAAUAGCCCCCUUCCCCCUGCCCGAGCAGGCGCUGCUCCUCGCUCCCGACGGCCGCGACAAGUUCAAGGAGCUCCCAUCGGAGGCCUAUCAGCAGGUGAUGCCGCUGGCCAGCAAGGUGAAGUUCGCCUUCGCCCCCGCGGCCAUCCCGCCGUCAUCCCCCUGCAGCCGCUCUUCUAGCGCGCCCAGCGCGGGGAACGGCCCACAGCCGAGCCUCGGCAUCAGCCUCUGCGGAGCUCGGAGCCAUCCGGGCAAAGGAAAGCGCUCCAAGUGUUCCUCGGGAAGCGCUGGUGGUAAUGAUGCAACAAACAGACGAGCGAGUUCAGACCUAUACUAUUACUAA